AUGGGCGGAGGGCAGUGGUCGACGCUGCUUAUCGUUUCCCACCUCGCCCUGUUUGCGCACUUGUUCCUCCAGGGCUGCAACAUAGGAUGCGAAGAGCUCCGCUUGGUGCAGCAAGAGUCGGGGGGCCCUGUCACUUGUGAUCGGGAGCCUUUCGUGAUCAACGGCACGCAGUACCUGGCUGCGGCUUCCUGUCCCGGCCCGUUUUCCCUGAUUCAAAAGUGGGAUGGAACGAGCUUCAGCGAGACCCAGCGCCUCAACAUUGGCUAUGCGUUCGCUGUGCGAUACUUCGAAAUCGGUUCAACACCUUAUCUCGUGUUCAUACGCGUCCAGGACGAUACAUCUCCAAUUUACCGGUGGAAUGGUGUCGAAUUUGUGGAGUUUCAGUACCUGGCGACCGGCCGCGGCGCAUCCGCCUUGGAGGACUUCGUGAUUGACGGUGUGACCUACAUUGCAGUGACCAAGACCGCGCACGCUGUGAAUGUUUACACAUGGAACGGCACCGCCUUCGAUGACUUUCAGGUCUUUAGAACCAACUACGACCCCAGAGCAGUGGCCUACUUCGAGGUAGAUGGCGAGAAGUGCUUGGGGAUUGCUUGCCACGAAGGCGGGGGCAUACAAAUUCACAGAUGGAGCGGCACAUCCUUUGGACUUUGGCAAGAGUUGGAUGCCUUGUUCGCCGUAGACUUGGCAGCCUUCCACAGCAGCGGCGUGUUUUACCUGGCAGUGGCAGAGCAUACGGAGAAUACGAGGAUGUGCGAUAUGCAGCGGAUCAACCUUAGGCAAUGA